AUGUCGUUGGCUCUCAGAUUCGGGUCCUUGGCUGCUCCAGCUUCGAGUACUGGCUCCGUGAUUUCCAUUGCAUUACCCAUCUUACCGCUUUUACCCCGUCUCAGCAAUCUCUUUCCUCAAAGCACCAGCACGCAAAUAAGUCUCGACCCCAGACUAGAAGAAUUGAAAAGGAAGUUACAAGAAGGAGGACAGCCUCCUUUUAUGAUUGAUAAUGGAACAAUUUUAAAGGCUGUGCCCAAAAAGAGACCAUCUCAUCGCAGAACGAGAGAAAAGUUGUACUCUCCAGGAGACAAGCAAAUACAACCCUUGGAAAACUUGGGCAGAUGUCCCGCAUGUGGUCACGUCAAGAGAUCUCACUUCAUGUGCAUGCACUGCUUUGCAGAAAUCAAGGCGUUUUUGAAGGCCAAGAAGAAGGCAAUUUUGGGCGAGCCCGAAGUUCCUCAAAGCAACUUGGACCCUGUUGACGAGAAGAUCAUUUACCCAGGCAAAUACGUUAGAGAGUACGAACAGAGGUUGAAGAAGAAAGACUGGGUUCCAAAGAGAGAAGAGCCCUUGAUGUUUGAUCCCUCGCAGGUCAAGAAGCAGUAA